AUGGCCGUUGCACCCGCUCUCCACGACGUUAUCAUCAGCUUCUCCAAGGAUGCGCCGAGCAGUCUUCUUGAGGAGGCGAAGGAGAAGGUGCGAAAUACCGAGGGAGCCGAAAUCACGCAUGAAUACACCAUCAUCCCCGCCUUCGCCGCCACGGUUCCCGAGGGGAUGUUCCCCGAACUCCAAGCGAUGAGCACCGAUUACCCACCGACCAUUGAGGGCGAUGGCAUCAUGACGACGCAGGACAAAGAUGGAGGAGUGCAGGUGGGCAUUUAG